UUUUUAUUAGUACAUGAACAGUCCAUUGAAACAGACGUGCGUUGUCGGAAAAUUUUUCGCUGAAGACUUGUUGCCUGUUUCAGGUGUGUAACGAGCGCAAAAGUGUUUACAACUCCUUAAAACUGGCAGUCGAUCUCUGCGGUAGAGCCAAAAGAACUUUGAACCAGCUAGGCGCCUGAAAGUGAACGUAUGAGGUCUCGUUACGUGUAAUUUUUUUUACAAGUUGUCGUCGUCACUAUAUGGAAAACUUGCAGAGAUACUUCAAUCAAGUCCUUGCGUAACCGUCAAAAAUCUGUCACAUACCUGUAUCUCUUUUGAAGCUCGUUAAAAGUGACCGGUAAAGAGUUUUUUUUCCUCAAUCAGUGCGCGAGAGAUCGUCGACCCGAAUAAGAACUUGAAAUCGGAAGGUGUCCUAAAGUUCAAACAUAGCACGAAUUCCGUUGCGCAACGCAUUGCCGCAUACGAUCGUGAUCGUUGAACUUUGUUGGUGCUAACACAUAAAAGUGGAAAACGGACCGGUUUGGAAAAUUCUUUGACAGAAAACUCACCGUCGCAGUCUCUUCUAUUCGGAACUUCUAGAAUUCAAUAAAGUUCUACAGAGGUGCAGCAGUAACUGGAAAGAUUUUGCAACUUGUUUGGCCUUGUCAGUUCGGAAGGCACGAUUAAAAUCUGACAACCAAGAUCUAGGCAGCAUCGAGUACCUUCCCAUUUUACUUACUUAUUUCCAUCAUACGUACGUACUUAGUAGUUAGCAAACGACCGGAAAGAAACAAAAUCUAGCCACGGCAGAAGGAAGCUGAUCAGUUCUUACAAAGUUUGCAAUCAUGAACGACGCGUUGCGACGACUACGACGGCGACAAUCGGCGAUCGGUUCGGUGACGACGGUUCUAACGAUCCUGAUUUUAGUGGUGGAAAUCGAGGCCAAAGAUAUCGUUAUCCGGAACAAGGAUUUUCCACAGUUUAAGGAAAAGCCUGAAUGGUUGCGGGUCUGCCGGAGGGAAAAUCCCAAUGAAGAUAACUGCUUCAAGAAAAUGUUCGAAGGAACGUUCCCGUACAUUGCUAAAGGAAUCCCGGAAAUCGGUGUCCAAUCGUUUGACCCGCUACGCAUCGAAUCGGUCCAGGUAUCCCGGGGUUCCGGCGCUCUAACGCUGAGUGGUGGUUUCAAGAAGCUCAACAUCAAGGGGCCCUCCAAUACAACCGUUAAGCGAGCCCAUUUGGAUUUUAAAACCAACGCCCUGAGUUUCGAUCUGGAGAUUCCGAAGCUGAAAAUCGAUGCAGCCUACAAUCUGAAGGGAAACGUUUUGCUGCUCCCUCUCGUCGGCGACGGUGACGUAACGAUGGUGCUCAAAGACGUCAAAACAACUGUCACCACCAAGAUCGGCGUGCGUCCUUUGCCUGAGGACGCAAUCUUUAUCGAGGAGAUGAAAGUAACUUUUCUGGUUGGUGGAAUGCGCAUUCAUCUGGACAACCUCUUCCAAGGCAACCAAGUUCUGGGGGCGUCGCUGAAUCUGUUCCUGAAUCAAAAUGCCAACGAGGUGAUCUCCGAACUAAGAACAGAUCUCGAGCAUGGCCUGGCGGACAUCUUCAUUGGACUGUGGAAUGAGCUGUUUAACAAACUGCCACUGAAAUUGUGGAUCAAGUGAUUGACACUGUAUUGAAAACCUUUAAAAAAUAAAACUCUCCAAACGGAAGCACUGAAAUGCACCACAAAACGCAUGGGAACGUACAAUCUCUGUAAAUAUUGGAUGUGUCUAGGAUUUUGUGAUUUAUUUUUAUUUUAUUUUUCUUCCUUUGCCAAUACUAAGUAUUUUUAGUUUAAUGAACAACUGUGUACAACUUCGUAGUUUCUUUGUUUUCGGAAGAAAUGUCUAAAGUAAUGAUUAUUCUUAAUGUUAGGAUAGCGAAAUUUAAGCUGUAAAUAAAUAUUGAAAUCGAAA